AAGUGCUGCUCAUAACUCAGCUUCUGCUUCACGUCUGUGACGGGAACUGCUCCUAUCUGGUCGCUUAACUGGAAAAAUCAAGAUGGGGUGCUUCUUUUCAAAGAAAUCCAAAAGGAAGUCGACGGAAAAAGAGGAGCGUACACCGACAACGACGACUGUAGAAACUACGACGACAAGUAACGCGGUUCCCCUUGGCAACAACACCGAGGAGGCUCCGAAGCAAUACAGCUGGGACAAGAGAGAAAAGGUCGACCCUAAGGACUACAUGCUGACAGGCCUCAAAGAUGUCACCGUGGGCCGUCUACCUGGCAAACUGAACGGGCAACAGUUUGUCAUCCAGGAGUGCGAGAACUGCAACAUCUAUGUGUUUGACCACUCGGCCACCAUCACCAUCGAUGACUGCAUCAACUGCCGCAUUGUUCUGGGCCCCGUCAAGGGCAGCGUGUUUUUCAGAGACUGCAAAGACAUCAAGUGUGUGGUGGCCUGCCAGCAGUUUCGCACGCGGGACUGUAAAAAGUUGGAGGUGUUCUUGUGCUGCGCCACUCAGCCCAUCAUCGAGUCGUCUACAGGCAUGAAGUUCGGCUGCUUCCAGUACUACUACCCAGAGCUGGCCUUCCACUUCAAAGACGCCGGCCUCAGCAUAUUCAACAACAACUGGAGCAACAUCCACGACUUCACGCCAGUGUCUGGAGAGAACAACUGGAGCCUGUUGCCCGAGGCUUCGGCAGUUCUGGAUUUUGUGCCGGUUCCGGACCCUGAGUCUGAGUUCAAGUCGGUUCGAGUGUCGGCAGACCAUGAUCGGAGUAUCGUGCCUUUGACAAAGGGAGGAAGGCGUAAGGACAGUGACGAGUCCUGCCUGUUUGUGUUCUUUGCAGGAGAGUACACAACUGCAAACGCCCGCAAGCUGAUCGACGAGUUGACUGCUAAAGGUUUUGUGCUGGUCCAGACGAAAGAGGUUUCAAUGCGGCCUGAAGACGUGAAGAGAGUGUUUCAGAAUAAUGCUGAUGAUCUUGUGGAGUGGAUUACCAAAGGUCCUGUCAUUGCCCUCGAGCUGAAUGGAGACGGCGUUGUGGAAGCCUGCAAGAACAUUGCCAGUGAAGUCUUCACUGGGACAAAGGUGUUUGUCUCCGAUAACAAAAACACAUCCUCCCGCGAUGUCGACAACUUCUUCAACUUUGCUGACAUGCAAAUGGGCUUGUAAAUGCUUCUUGGUAAAGGACGAACUGCGAUUUUGGAUUGAAGUUUUCCGCCCUACUUCAUCUUCUGUCCUGUUGGAUAUCAACGGGAUUUAUAGUUAGUUUCAGUAUGUAACUCACAUUUUGUUCCUGGGUAGAAAGCACAUUUUCCUCACUUCUAGACAUGGAUAGAUCAGAGAUAAGCUCUUAAUAAUGUUCACACUUUGUUUUUGUAUGUUUGCGGGUGAAAAAAAUCUAUUUUUGCAGUUUUCAGUGCACUGAUCAGGUGGUUAAAGCAAACAAAUGACCAAAUUAGCUUUUGUUACUAAAGGUAUCAUUCACAAAAAUUGAUGCAUUCCUGUAAAUGUAUAUGUAGGGUUGCAGUUAUCCCUGACCCGAACCAAUCGGCCCAAUCCUGAAGCACUGAACUGACUCAUUACAAGGCAUUAUUAUAAUUAUCGAGACGUCAGAAUUUUGGCUUGGACCAGAGCACAGCAGGCAGACGAGGCCUGCAUUUUUUAUUCCACAUGAAAUACUGCAGAAAAUGGGAAAAUCGUGUUUUCCUGUUACUUUUAGCACAACCAACCAGGAAAAAAACACUUUCAACCCAGGAACAGAGAAAAGUGUAAAUUUUGUUACGUAGCGUUUUUAAAAAUAUUGAAAACCAUUUAUGUUUGAUGAGGAAUACUUUUUCAAUAAUCCUUCAGAACAAAUGAAAUUCAGCAUCCAUGCCAUUUCUAAUGAGCCGUCCUGGUGCAAAUUAUAGUGAAAAGUCAGAAUACCAGGGCUCUUCAAGUUUGUUACAGCUAAAAAUGCAUCAACUUGCUCUAUUUUAUUCGGGGCUUAAAAUUACAUUAUCUGUCUUUAACUUUUACAUUCUGCCAGGUCACCGUGUGUCGGCCUGGUUUUGGCCCACAGGCUGCACGUUUGACAACCUGCUCUCCUCACUCAGACUUUUACUGUCAUUCUUUAGUUAAAGAUUGCUGUGAAUAGUUUAUGAAUGUAUUCAGUAAUUUGGUUGCUUUUAAUCAUUGUGAAUGUAGCUCUUUGCUGUAAAUGUUUUUUUUUAUUAUUAUUAUUAUUUAAUAUGUUGCUUUUCUUUACUGUAUAAAAUCAAUUUUGCAAUGGGGAAAACAAAACAAGCACAAGAAUGCCUGGGGGAAAGUCUUUUAUAUGUCAAAGUGCUGUUUCUAUUCCUAAGAAGGACAUGUUUGUGUAUUUGGUUUAGCUGCUGGACUCCUGUCCAGUUGAAGUGUGUAUAUGUGAAAUGCUCUGUGUAGGCGAGGACUGUGUCUUUACUGAUGUGUUGUUAGGCCAAAGCUGAUUCGUGAAUUUUAUGUGUAAGACGGCUGGGUUAUUAUUCAUGUUAGGCACUUCCUGUGAUCUUUUUU